AUGACAGAAAAUGGUUUUAUGUACCUUCCGAAGUUGAAUCAGAUAGAUAUGAGAGAUAUUCCCCUGGAGACAUUUCCUAGUCAAGUUUUUAAGACCACACGAUUUCUUCGCACUGUUUACGCUGAUAAUUAUAAGCUUUGUUGUCGGCAAAACCUUCCAGACUCGUUUGAAACUGGUUCCUGUUUUGCUCCUGUGGAUGAAAUUUCGUCGUGCUAUGAUCUCUUGCGAUCAGAUGUGUACCGGGUGUUCCUGUGGUUGUUCUGUGCUUUGUCAAUCACCGGCAACACCGGGUGCUUUUUGUUUAGACAGCUUCAGAAGAAUGUCUCUGUUUCAGGUUUCAGUGUGUUUGUUACUAACCUGAGUAUAUCAGACCUUCUCAUGGACGUGUAUCUGGCCAUCGUUGUGGCGGCAGACGAAACUUACCGUUCUACCUACUUGUGGAACGACCUGAGGUGGAGAGUUAGUCCGAUGUGCAAGGUUGCCGGCUUCUUGUCCCUCUUGUCCAGCGAGGUGUCGGCCUUCAUCAUCUGUCUCAUAACCCUCGACCGCUUCAUUGUUCUUCGUUUUCCUUUCAGUGAGGUCCGUUUUCAGCGCAGGUCAGCAUCGUUGGCAUGUGGACUGGUGUGGGCUGUAGGUAUUACCCUGGCUGGUGUUCCCCUCCUCCCUUUUAUGUCUGAGUGGGAGUUUUACAGUCAAAAUGGAAUCUGCAUCCCUUUGCCCAUUACACGAAAAAGUUUUAAAGGUCGUGCUUACUCUUUCGGAGUUAUGAUCGUCUUCAACAUGGUCCUUUUUGUGUUCAUAGCAGUUGGUCAGGUGUGUAUAUACUGGUCAGUACGAAUGAACUCCAUGGAUGGAAGCUCGACCAAGAAGUCGAAGGACAUUAUCAUAGCUCGCCGUCUGGCCACUGUGGUGGUGUCCGACUUCCUGUGCUGGUUUCCAGUCGGGAUGCUGAGCAUCAUGGCUGCUGUGGGAAUUCCUGUUCCUAGUGAGGCGAGUGUGGCCUUGGUGAUCUUUGUACUGCCGCUUAACUCAGCUUUAAAUCCUUUUCUGUAUACCUUCAAUUUGCUGCUCGAGAAAUGGAACCGUGCUGAAGAAAAGCGAAUGUUAAAGAAAUUAGAGCUCACAUCAUCAGUUGACUGA